AGUAUUUGACAAGUAUACAGUUGUGCUGCAAAUCCUAAAAGGUCAUGCAAGAACAUAUGAAGCUAAACUGCAGGUGGCCAUGGCAGAAAUACCUCACCUCAGGUGCCGACUAUCAGGGGUAACUGAACAUCACAAGCAGAGGCUGACAGGGGGAACCAGGGACACCUGGCUUCACAACAGUCGAAGACUCUUACAGGAGCGAGAGUUGAAGCUACGCACAGCAUUGAGUCAAGUGAAAAACCAACGAAGUUUGGUUCGUAAGAAAAGACAGAAGAAAAACAUCCCAACAAUUGCAGUGGUGGGAUACACAAAUUCAGGGAAGACAAGCCUGAUUGAGGCACUAACAGGUGACAGAAAGCUGGAGCCCAGAGACCAGUUGUUUGCCACACUAGAUGUAACAGCCCAUGCAGGAACUCUACCCAACAUGAUGUCUGUCCUCUUCAUUGACACAGUUGGCUUCAUAGCAGACACUCCUGCUAUGCUCAUGGAAGCUUUUGCUGCAACAUUGGAGGAUGCAGUUCUGGCUGACCUGGUUCUGCAUGUGUGUGACAUGAGUCAUCCAGACUGUUGGAGACAGAAGGAGACAGUCCUUAAAGCACUACGACCCAUGCUGUUGAAUCAUCAAAUGGAAUCUAUCAUGGAGGUGUGGAACAAAGUGGACAUAGCCUGUGAUAGCAGUGACGCUGGACACAGCCUGUUGGUGUCCGCCACAACUGGACAGAAUCUUGACGUGUUGAAAGGCAGACUGCAGACCCAACUCCUCACUGCCACUAAGAUGCUGGAGAAGACUUUUAGACUGUCUAUGAGUGCGUCUCAGCAUCUCAGCUGGCUGUACAAGAAUGCAACAGUGACUGAAGCUCAUCCCGACACAGAUAUCAAUUACAUCCUAGUGGACGUUGUCAUCACUGAAGCAGCUUAUGGCAAGUUCAAGGCAAUGUUUGUCAAGCAGUAACUGGGUCUUAACUAUACCUAUGUACAUAGUAACGUCAUAAAUCUCUCAAGACAAA